CUUCUGCCCCCUUGGCUGACCGUCUGGACAGGGUCCGAGGAGCGUGCGCAGUGCACCCAAAGACGUCUGGCUUCUGUUUUGCGUUUGACCCCUCUCUGUGUUUGUCCUCCCUAGUUUUCCCGCAGGGCACACCGAGACUCUAUGGAUCCGCAGAGACUCUGAGGCUUCCUGGGUCUUCGACCUCAGGGUUGUAACUUUCUGCAGCCUCCAUCUCACCAUGUGGGUAAGAAGACUUUUCCAGCCUUCCUCUCUGCACUGGGCAUGGAGGACCACGGCCCUGAACCAUCCCCUGGGCAGGCAUCAGGGAGUCCUCCGCUGGUCACAUUCUGGAGGCCGAAGCUACAGAGCAGUCAUUUUUGACAUGGGCGGAGUUCUCGUGCCUUCUCCAGGGACAGUGGCUGAGGGAUGGGAGGCGCAGAAUCAUGUCCCUUCUGGAACUAUAAUGAAGGCUUUCAUCAGAGGUGGUGACAGUGGGCCCUGGAUAAGGUUUAUAAAAGGAGAGAUAACGACGGAGCACUUCUUGGAAGAAUUCGGGAGACUGUGCUCUGAAAUCGCAAAGACUUCCGUGCCCGUGAGCUCCUAUUUCUCUCUGAUGACCAGUGAGCAGGUGACAAAGCAGUUCCCGGUGAUGACUCAGGCCAUCUCUCAGAUCAGAGCAAAAGGCCUCCAGACUGCAGUCCUCACCAACAACUUUCAUCUGUCCAGUGGGGAAAGCUUCCUGCCCCUGGACCGGAAACAGUUUGAUGUGGUGGUUGAGUCCUGCCUGGAAGGCAUCUGUAAGCCAGAUCCCAGGAUAUUCCAGCUGUGCCUACAGAGGCUGAGCCUGCAGCCCUCAGAUGCCAUCUUUCUUGAUGAUCUGGGAUCUAAUCUAAAAGUGGCUGCCAGCCUGGGCAUUCACACCAUCAAGGUUGACAGGCCCGAGACAGCAGUGAAGGAGCUGGAGGCUCGACUGGGUUUCCCACUGCACUUGGGCGUUCCCAACACCCGGCCUGUGAGGAAGACCAUGGCAAUUCCACAAGAUGCCUUGGAGAAGUACCUGAAGGGCUUGCUGGGGACCCACUCCACCGGCCCCAUGGAGCUCCUUCAGUUUGAUCAUGGACAGUCAAAUCCAACGUACUACAUCAGGCUGGCUGACCGUCAGCUGGUCCUGAGGAAGAAACCCCCGGGGACCCUCCUCCCUUCUGCCCAUGCCAUAGAAAGGGAGUUCAGGAUCAUGAAAGCCCUUGCGAAUGCUGGAGUCCCUGUCCCUACUGUUCUUGACCUCUGUGAAGACUCAAGCAUCAUCGGCACCCCCUUCUACUUGAUGGAGUACUGCCCGGGCAUCAUCUACAAAGACCCCUCCCUGCCCGGCUUGGAGCCCAACCGGCGGGAAGCCAUAUACACUGCCAUGAACCAAGUCCUGUGCAGAAUUCACAGUGUGGACCUGCAGGCCACCAGCCUGGACAGCUUCGGCAAGCAAGGGGACUAUAUUCCUCGCCAGGUGCAAACCUGGACCAAGCAGUACCGAGCAGCAGAAACCAGCAGCAUCCCAGCGAUGGAGAGGCUUAUCCAGUGGUUGCCACUGCACCUUCCCAGGCAACAGAGAACCACAGUGGUGCAUGGUGACUUCAGGCUGGACAACCUGAUAUUCCAUCCUGAAAAGGCAGAAGUGCUCGCUGUCCUGGACUGGGAACUUUCCACCUUAGGAGACCCCUUUGCUGAUGUGGCCUACAGCUGCCUGGCUCACUACCUGCCAUCCAGCUUUCCCAUGCUGAGAGGGUUCAGAGACCAGGAUGUGACAAAGCUGGGCAUCCCCACUGUGGAGGAAUACUUCAGGAUGUACUGUCUUCACAUGGGCAUCCCACCCAUCGACAACUGGAACUUCUAUAUGGCUUUCUCCUUUUUCCGUGUGGCUGCAAUCCUACAAGGCGUCUAUAAGCGGUCACUCACAGGUAAGCUUUGGCCUGAUGGCCACAGAGGUUUCCAGGAGAUAGGUUUGCCAGAGCUGCAGAGACACCAGGCCUCGGCCGACAGGUGGAGCCCUUCCCCGCUGAUAGAAGACCUCAAGGAGAAAGCCAAGGCUGAAGGACUUUGGAAUCUUUUCCUACCCUUGGAGACUGAUCCUGAGAAAAAGUACGGAGCAGGGCUGACUAACGUGGAAUAUGCACAUCUGUGUGAAGUGAUGGGCAUGUCUCUGUAUGCUUCUGAGAUAUUUAAUUGCUCUGCCCCGGAUACGGGGAAUAUGGAGAUCCUGGUACGGUAUGGCACUGAGGAGCAGAAGGCCCGCUGGCUGGUGCCGCUGUUGGAGGGCAGGAUCCGUUCUUGCUUCGCCAUGACUGAGCCUCAGGUGGCCUCCUCAGAUGCCUCUAACAUCGAGGCUUCCAUCAAAGAGGAAGAGGGCUCCUAUGUCAUAAAUGGUCACAAGUGGUGGACCUCAGGCAUCCUGCAUCCGCACUGCAAACUCUGUGUGUUUAUGGGAAAAACAGACCCACAGGCCCCAAGGCACCAGCAACAAUCUAUGCUCUUGGUUCCCAUGGACUCUGCAGGAAUCACAGUCAUCCGGCCUCUGUCGGUGUUUGGUUUGGAGGAUCCUCCAGGUGGCCAUGGUGAAGUACAGUUUAAGGAUGUGCGUGUGCCCAAGGAAAACAUACUUCUGGGCCCUGGCAGAGGCUUUGAGAUUGCUCAGGGCAGGCUGGGGCCUGGCCGGAUUCAUCACUGCAUGAGGUUGAUUGGGUAUUCAGAGAGGGCCUUGGCACUCAUGAAGACACGGGUGAUGUCCCGCAUGGCCUUCGGGAAGCCCCUUGUGGAGCAGGGCACCAUCCUGGCAGACAUUGCCCGGUCACGUGUGGAGAUCGAGCAGGCCCGGCUGCUGGUGCUGAAAGCUGCUCACCUCAUGGAUGUGGCUGGAAAUAAGGCUGCAGCUUUAGACAUUGCAAUGAUUAAAAUGGUAGCUCCUUCCAUGGCCUAUCAAGUAAUUGACCGCGCUAUUCAGGCCUUUGGAGCAGCGGGCCUCAGCAGUGACUACCCCCUGGCUCAGUUCUUUGGAUGGGCCCGAGCCCUGCGCUUCGCUGAUGGCCCUGAUGAAGUACACCAGCUGACAGUGGCUAAGAUGGAACUGAAGAAUCAGUCCAGGCUGCAGGAGCCAGCAGCAUGCAGAGUGUAGAUGCUGAGUUUGGCAUGGCCUGCAAUGUGUGGUUCUUACAUCCUAUCCAGCAACUCAGUCUGCGACAGUUACUGUGACCUGAGCCUCCUGGGAGUCUCUUCAAGAAGAUAUUCUCUGGGGUCUCUUCAGAGACCUGCCUGCCUCUGCUUUCCAGGUGCUGGAAUUAAAUACAUUUGCAACUAUACCCUGUUCUGAGCCAGACUUU